UACUAUGUAUUAUUUGCAAUGUUGACUAACUUGAACUCGUUUCUUUUUUCUGUGUUUCCAUAUGCCUUUGUUGAAAAUUAUCAGAGCAUGGUUCACACACUUUUUAAUGUAUUUUCAGUAAAAGCAUUGACACUGGUUAAUGCUCCACCUCGAGCCGCCAUUCAAUGGGCAAAGGCACCCUACGCCCUUCCUGAAAUUGAUUUUAGAAAAUUAUAG